AUGUACGUUUUUGAUAGGAAAACAAAACUGCUCCAGAGGAAUCGCUCCGCUGACCUCCCCGAUCCGCACACUUACGAUUAUGUCAAAGAGGAAAUAGCUUAUCGAUUGGCAGACCGUGUCUCUGAUAUUUCAAGGAAGUUCGUGAUUGGCGUGGAUCUGGGUUGCGGUCGGGGUCAUUUGUCCAAAUACAUUUCCAGCGAGUCAGUGAAUGUGCUAUUUCAGUGUGAUAGUGCGCUUCGUGUGCUGAAACAAGCGCCCCCAUCUUCAGACGUAUUAACGUCGAAUGUGAACGUGGAUGAGGAAUCCCUUCCCUUUCGUCCCGGAUCGGUGGACUUAAUGUUGAGCUGUUUGAGCCUUCACUGGGUGAAUGAUUUACCCGGUGUUUUGAAAAAGAUCCUCUAUUGUUUGAAAAAUGAUGGCUGUUUCCUGGGUGUGAUGUCUGCCUCAGACACCCUAUUCGAGCUCCGGCUCUCACUACAGCUAGCCGAAUUGGAUCGGUUGGGCGGAUUCAGUCCUCACAUUAGUCCGUUCACGGACAAUGUGGAUAUGGGCGAUCUCUUACAUCGAGCUGGGUUCAAUUUGAUCACCCUGGAUGUGGAGGAGUUUGUGAUUCAUUAUCCUAACAUGUUUUGUCUGAUGGACGACUUGCGUAACAUGGGAGAAUCCAAUGCCGCGUUGAAUCGUCCUCUGCACAUGCAUCGUGAUGUCCUGUUGGCCGCGUCCGCAAUUUACGAUGAACGUUUCGGUACUACGCGUCAGGAUGGUGAGCCGGGUGAACGAUGUAUUCCUGCCACCUACCGCCUACUUUAUUUUAUCGGUUGGAAACCCGAUCCAUCACAGCCCAAGCCACUACCCCGUGGCAGUGCCAAAUAUUCCCUCAAAGAUAUCGGUAAAAUUGAUCAGAUCGCUAAAGAAUUCGAGGCCGAAAUGGCUGCAUCGGGGAAAAAAGAGAAACCCAAUUGA